GGACCGUGCACCAGGACUGCCAAAAAAUUCGGCAGAGUCGAGCAGCCAGAGUCCUUGUCUGAGAGGGAGAUGCCUUCACGCACGUUUGUCUCCUCGCACGCCCGCGCGACGCGCCCCGCCCUUUAGACUUUCCUCGCUGCUCAGCCAGCCAUUCACCCGAGCCCGAAAUGUGUGGCAUUAUGGGACUCAUUCUCCACGACGCCAGCCAGGAGGCGGCACCAGAGAUCUGCGAGGGCCUGGCACUCCUCCAGCAUCGCGGUCAAGAUGCGUGCGGCAUCGUCACUUGCGGGCCCAAGGGACGUUUCUACCAGUGCAAAGCAAACGGGAUGGUCAGAGACGUCUUCGAUGCUCACGCGCUUUCCACCUUGUACGGCUGGAUGGGCGUUGGACACGUGCGGUACCCGACUGCAGGCAGCUCUCACCACGCAGAGGCGCAGCCGUUCUAUGUGAACUCGCCGUACGGCAUCGUUUUUGCCCAUAACGGCAACCUCAUCAACACGCAGUCUCUCCUCCAAUUCAUGGACGCCACCGCCCACAGGCACAUCAACACCACGUCCGACUCGGAGCUCCUCCUCAACGUCUUUGCCGACAACCUACAGAAGACAGGAAAGUUCCGUAUCAAUGAAGAGGAUAUCUUCACCGCGAUCGGUAGCCUGAUGGAGCAGUGUAAGGGCGCGUAUGCCUGUGUAGCGAUGCUCGCGGGUUUCGGCAUCAUCGCCUUCAGAGACCCGAAUGGCAUUCGGCCUGUAGGCAUGGCCUCGCGCAAGGCGUUUGGCAGCGCCACGGGCAAGGACUACAUGUUUGCAAGCGAGAGUGUAGUUGCGGACGCGAGUGGUUUUGGCGAUUGGGAGGAUGUCAGGCCAGGCGAAGCGGUUAUCAUUACACGCAACAGCGUCAGCCGCAGGAUUGUCGGCAAGGCGGCGACGUUCGCACCGGACAUCUUCGAGUACGUCUACUUCGCCCGCCCGGAUUCGGUGUUAGACGGGAUAAGUGUCUACCGGAGCCGGAUGGCGAUGGGCGACGCGCUUGCCGCGGAGGUGCAGCGCGUGCUCACCGAAAGGGGCCUGUCGGUCGACGUCGUCAUUCCCGUUCCGGACACGUCAAGAGUGGCGGCGUUGAACUUGGCGCAGAAACUUAAUCUGCCCUACCGAGAAGGUUUCAUUAAAAACCGAUAUGUUGGGCGCACGUUUAUUAUGCCCGGACAGCAGAUGAGGAAGAAAAACGUGCGGCGGAAGCUGAACGCGAUGGCGCUCGAGUUUGCGAACAAGAAUGUACUGAUCGUCGACGACUCGAUCGUGCGGGGUACAACCUCGAAGGAGAUCAUCCAGAUGGCCAAGGACGUCGGCGCGAAGAAGGUCAUCGUCGCGUCUUGUGCCCCACCUAUCCGCUACUCGAACGUCUACGGCAUCGACAUGCCGUCCCGCGUCGAACUCGUCGCCCACAAUCGGUCGCUGGACGCCAUUGCGGAGACGAUCGGCGCGGACCUUGUCAUCUUCCAGACACUGCCCGACCUUAUCGAGGCCGUGCGGCAGUUCAACCCGUCAAUUCCGCAGUUUGACUGCUCCGUGUUCACUGGCGAGUACGUGACUGGCGGUGUCGACGAGGAGUAUCUGUCCAUGUUGGAGAAGAUCCGAUCUGACAACGCAAAGAGCAAGACCCUGAGCGCCGAGGCGAAUGGCCACGCGGGCGGUGCGGAUAUGGUUCAGGAGCGCAGUGAGCUCGCCCUCGGGUGCAGCGGGCCAAUGAACGGGGCAGAUGAUACAAUAGGUUUGCAUAAUAGCUGGAAGUUGGGCUAAUGGUGUCUUGGCUAGCUACGUAGGGAGUCAGAAGGCCGCAAAUAUUGUAUCCGUGCUGUGUGUACUGCGUAAUGCUGUACAUGUAGAUCUUGUGUCCCUUCCUGCGGCCUUCCUGGGUCUUUGCUGGGUAUGGAUCCGUGAGCCUAUCAAGAGACUUGGCCAGGACGUUGUCUUCGCCAAGGUGGAUCACCGUCUCUCCAAUUUUAAUUGGCCCCAAGUUAGCUCUUACGGCUACCGUGGCGCAAUGGUAGCACAUCAC